GCGGGCGCCGGACCCCCAGGCGGAGCGACAGGUCUCGGGCCCUCAGGCGGAGCGGCGGGCGCCGGACCCCCAGGAGGAGCGACAGGUCUCGGGCCCUCAGGCGGAGCGGCGGGCGCCGGACCCCCAGAUGGAGCGACAGGUCUCGGGCCCUCAGGCGGAGCGGUGGGCGCCGGACCCCCAGGCGGAGCGGCGGGCACCGAGACACGAGGCACGACAGUGGGCUCCGAGUCAACUGGUAUGACCGCAGGCACUGGGUCAGACAUUGGAUGGUCUGGCUGGACAGCGGGCAUCGGGUCACCAGGCAUCAGGUCAUUUGGCUCGACAGCGGGCACCGUGUCAUCUGGCAAGGCAGUGGGCUCCGAGUCAACUGGUAUGACCGCGGGCACUGGGUCAGACAUUGGAUCGUCUGACCGGACAGCGGGCAUCGGGUCACCAGGCAUCAAGUCAUUUGGCUCGACAGCGAGCACCGCGUCAUCUGGCAAGGCAGUGGGCUCCGAGUCA